UUAUGGGUGGAGUGGGCUGGAGUACUGCUGGGUCUGCUGCCCCUGGGCGGCCCCCAUGGACGCUGGUCGUUGACGAAGACGCUGCUGGCCCUUACCAUGGCCCUCAUCUUCCUCAUCAUGAUCUUAAUAUUCGUAGUUCUGUUUGUCUGCAUCACUUCGUUGCCUCUGAUAUUAAUGGCACCAUACACUCCUGUUUUCCUGGCUAUUGAUUUGGCGGGUAUCGUCAUGAGUGACAUGGCGCCUGUCCUUGCGGGGAUCAUAUUCUGGUGGAGGAGUCGAGCCUUGGUCACCUUGCUGCGGUCCUUAGAGGAUCUCAUGCUGCUUGAAGGAUUCCAGUUGAUGACCGGAUCUUAUCUGUUCAAGAUGUUUAUUAUUCUUCUUUCACCGUUUUCUGAUUUCAUUAUGAAGACUGUAUGGUACGGUAAUAUAUUUAAAAAGACUUCAUCACACCCCGUGCUGAAACUGAGUAUGGCCUACGGUAUACCCGUUAUGCCACUAGUGCUGAGCUUUCCACUGGUACUGUGCGUCACUGCUGAGCAUGUACUCCGGAACGCUUUCAUUUGCACCAACGGGUCCCUGGAGCGUCUGCUCUCAUGCCAGGCGGGUAUGGAGGAUCACCCAACUACCCGCAUAACCGGCCAGGGGAUUAUGAAGGAUCACCUAACUACCCGUAUAACCCGCCAGGCGGGUAUGGAAGAAACCCCAGCAUCUCUGCUUGACUCCACCUGCAAGCUCCGACAUACAUACAUGAGGCUACAUAGGAUCCACCAAGAGUUUUCCAGUGCUUUGUCGGUCCUUCUGUUUCUCUCCAGCCUAGAGCGACUCGUGCUGCUCACCUUAAUGAUCAUUUACAUGAUUGCUUAUCCCCAAUCCAUCGCAACUGUCCAUGAAUACGUUGCUAUAUACAUAAGAGCCAUGUCUAUCGUGGCUAUCUUCUACCUUCAAGGCUACACGGCAGACUUGCUUCAGAAGGAGGCUGCGACUCCAGGGAGGAUAGUACUCUACGUGGAGGCGAUCAAGAGGAACAACAGAGAUCAGCUAGAGAUUAAAGCCGAGGCAAGUUGA